AUGGCGACACCACUACCACAGCCAUCACCACCACCCUACGAGGCCAGCAUCCCCCCGACUUCUGGUGACAGCCUGGGCGCUGCCCGCAAGGGCAAGAAGCGUGUUGGUUGGCAUUCUGCCAGUGGCAGCUUUGCUGGUGUCUCCUCUUCCAAGGAUGCCGCACUGUUACUCCCCGACCAGGUCUCCAACAAUUCCACACCUUCUGUCCAAGGCACGGCACAGCCCGGAGCGCCGGAUGCCCAGGAGCUCGCCAUUGCGUUGACCAAGAUCCUCUCGGAAAAGGAUCAGCAGCCCGCUCCCGAGAGCAAGACGCCCUGGGACGGUGACACCUCCCCCCAAAUCCCGGCUGCACAGACCCCGAACCUUGUUCGGCCCCCGAGACCUGCCCUGCGUCGUAACACUAGCUACGAUGCUCCCAAAGAGCGCGAGGAGGCCGACCUCGCAGAGCAAAAGGCCAGUCAGCGUCAGGUUCGAUCCAUCACCGACGCACGGCAGCGGGCUGAUCGUCUGGCCAUGUCUGUGGGAGGGUACUCGUCACCUGUGUCUAAGCGUGGAUCGCUCGACUCCAAUGCUACAUUCCAGUCCUUCCUCGAUGAUCUGGAUGAGCGGCUGGGUUAUGACGGUUCACAGGCACCUAACGGCUCCAUCAGACACCGCACCCCGUACUCGUCUCUGGACCAUCUCAAUGUCGCAGAAUCGCUGGUGCUGUCUCACGCCAUGAGAACUAACACGGGGACCGACUUCUUCCACCGACACCAUAAGUCUUCCAGCUCCGGCACCUUUACACCCAUCACCACCGAAGAUCAGGACUAUGUGCCUCGCCCGACACAGUAUCGUGGCGGUAUCCUUUCAUCGCUGCUGAAGCUCUACCAAAAUGAUAAAGGACAGAACGCGAGUGGCCACGGCAUCGAUUUCAGCUCAACCGCAACAACCCCCGUCAUGUCCCCGCGCUCCUCGCCAUCUCACUCCAGACGACCAUCCACCGCAGGAAGCAGCAAAUUUGAUCACAGCAAGAAUCUCUUUUCCUAUCACAAGUCGCAGUCGUCGACCUCUUCGCUCGCCUUGAACGAGCUGCUCAAAUCAUCCUCCAUGCUCGCCGUACCCGUGUCCCGUCAAAUAUCCGACCAAUGGGAGCACAAAAUCAAGAAGGAGAAGCCGCUCAAGCCGAAAAAGGAGCAGGCCCGCAUCACUGUUCAUAUUGCCGGAACCAUCGCCCGUCACCGGUAUCUCAUGAAGCUAUGCCGGGCUCUCAUGAUGUACGGUGCCCCUACCCAUCGGCUCGAAGAGUACAUGACCAUGUCAGCUCGCGUCCUCGAGAUUGAAAGUCAGUUUUUGUAUCUGCCUUCAUGUAUGAUCAUCUCAUUCGAUGACAGCUCCACCCACACGACCGAGGUCAAGCUUGUUCGUGUGCCACAGGGUAUCGACCUGGGCAAGCUUCGCGACGUGCACAACAUUUACAAGCACGUGGUACAUGACAAACUCGGGGUCGAGGAUGCAGCGAAGCACCUCGAUGAAGUCAUCACCAGCGACGCCAAGUUCCCCAUCUGGUUCCGGAUCAUCAUGUACGGCGUUGCAUCAGCCAGUGUCGCUCCCUUUGCGUUCGAAGGCCGCUUCAUCGACUUACCUUGUGCCUUCAUCCUCGGCUGCAUCGUCGGCAUCCUUCAGCUGGUCUUUGCACCAAGCAAUGAACUGUAUGCGCACGUCUUCGAGGUCUCGGCUUCCAUCAUCACUUCGUUUAUCGCUCGGGGCUUUGGCUCCAUCAACAACGGACAGCUCUUUUGUUUUUCGGCUCUCGCCCAGAGCAGUAUUGCGCUCAUUCUUCCCGGUUACAUUGUGCUGUGCGCCUCCCUGGAGCUUCAGAGUCACAACCUUGUUGCGGGCGGGGUUCGCAUGGUGUAUGCUCUCAUCUACACUUUAUUCCUAGGAUAUGGAAUCACCAUCGGAGCUACCCUCUAUGGCAUGAUGGACUCCAACGCAGCCAGCGAGACACACUGUUCCAACCCACUCGAUCGAGGGUGGUACAUGUUUUUCGUUCCCUGCUUCACAUUGUGUCUGUGCAUCGUCAACCAGGCAAAAUGGCGGCAGAUCCCUGCCAUGCUGGUCAUGGCCGUCGCGGGCUAUGCGGUCAACAGCUACACUAGCCUCUACUUCAAGGGCAGCGGGCAAAUCUCCAACAUGUUGGGCGCGCUGACUGUCGGUAUCCUUGCCAACUUGUACUCGCGCCUGGGCCGACACGCAGACAACAUCUGGCUGGAUUUUACCGAUUGGUGGAGGAAGAACGUGACGCGUCGCUACUUCAGCAGGCGCAGCAACAGGUCCAACCUAUGGACAGGGUCGAUCUCGGAUGCGGAAUCGGCGACGAGCAGCGCCAUUGCCAAGGAGAAGCAGGAGAGCAGACGAAGUGUAGGCUACAGCCUUGCCGCGGCAGCCAUGCUGCCGGCCAUUUUUGUGCAAGUCCCGUCUGGUCUUGCGGCCGGUGGCUCGCUCCUCGCCGGCAUCACCUCCGCGAACGAGGCGACCGGCAACACGACGACGAUCAAGACCUCGCCGGGCACCCUGGGGAGCAUGGACGGCACAGCUUUCAACGUGCUGUUCCUUGUGAUUCAGGUUGCCAUUUCUCUCAGCGUGGGCCUCUUUAUGAGUGCCCUGAUUGUUUACCCGCUCGGCAAACGCCGCAGCGGCCUGUUCAGCUUUUAG